UCUCUCUGAAUCACCAAACCCUAACCCCUGUCCCCAAUCACCCGCCUUCUCUCUCACACACUACACACAGUUUCUUCCACACUCUCUGCAGUUUCACUGUGUGUGCGCGUGUUUCUUUUCUUUUGUAUAAUUUUCACCAUUUUCCCCCGGAUAUGAAGCCAAGAAAUACAAUCUUGAAAGAAAACCACAGUCACCAGAGUGAAACGUCAGCGUUUGGCCUUCCGCCUCCGUCGUCUCCAAACCCUAGUUCGAUGAAGCAGAGAAUUCCAGGCGUUUCUGGCAGCAAUAGUAGUGGCCAUCGGAGACAGAAAUCGAGUAGUUCGAAGGAGAAUGCGCCACCGCAGAUGGCGGAUUUGAAUCAAGUUGCUGCGGUGGAGUAUUUCUCCCCGUCAGAUCCAAGAAAACCAUCGCCAUCGCCCAUGACAGUGGUGGCAGCGGCGAAGAUUAGAUCUCCACUUCCGCCUCGGCCUCCGCUUAAGAGGAAGCACAGUAUGGAGGCUUCGGGAUCUGAGAAAGGGCCAAAUCCGGCUUCUACUGAUUCUGGAGUAAAAGUUAUAGUGCGAAUGAGGCCACUAAACAAGGAUGAGGAAGAGGGAGAAAUGAUUGUCCAAAAGAUCUCUAAUGAUUCUUUGUCAAUUGCAGGACACACCUUCACAUUUGACUCUAUUGCUGACUAUGAGUCAGCACAGAUUGAUAUAUUCGAGCUUGUUGGAGCUCCUCUUGUGGAAAAUUGCCUUGCUGGCUUUAAUAGCUCUGUAUUUGCUUAUGGACAGACGGGUAGUGGAAAGACUUAUACAAUAUGGGGACCAGCCAAUGCCUUAGAAGAAAAUAUAUCAAAUGAUCAACAAGGCCUAACACCUCGUGUUUUUCAGCGGCUUUUUUCGCGAAUUAGUGAGGAGCAAACUAAGCAUGCAGACAAACAGCUCAUGUAUCAGUGUCGAUGUUCUUUUCUUGAGAUUUACAAUGAACAGAUAACUGAUUUAUUGGAACCCAGUCAAAAAAACCUUCAGAUCAGAGAAGAUGUUAAAACUGGUGUUUAUGUUGACAAUUUGACUGAGGAAUAUGUGUCCACAAUGAAGGAUGUAAUACAGCUUUUGAUUAAGGGAUUGUCAAAUAGGAGAACUGGGUCCACUAGUAUAAACGCAGACAGUUCACGCUCCCAUAGUGUAUUUACUUGUGUUGUUGAAUCACGAUGCAAGAGCAUCUCUGAUGGGUUAAGCUGCUUGAAAACAAGUAGAAUAAAUCUUGUUGAUCUUGCUGGAUCUGAAAGACAGAAGCUCACAGGUGCAGCAGGAGAGCGCUUGAAGGAGGCUGGAAAUAUUAAUCGAUCUCUUUCACAGCUGGGGAACUUAAUAAACAUUCUUGCGGAGGUUUCACAGACAGGAAAGCAGAGGCACAUCCCGUACAGAGAUUCCAAGCUGACAUUUCUGUUGCAGGAAUCUCUCGGAGGAAAUGCAAAACUUGCAAUGAUAUGUGCUAUUUCUCCAGCACAAAGGUGUAAGAGUGAGACCUUUAGCACACUAAGAUUUGCACAGCGUGCAAAGGCAAUCAAGAACAAGGCAACAAUUAAUGAAGAAAUGCAGGAUGACGUAAAUGUGCUUAGGGAAGUCAUCAGGCAGUUGAAGGAUGAACUGCUGCGCAUGAGGGCCAAUGCAAAUCAGACUAACCAAGAUGGAAAUUAUUCGAAAGGGUGGAAUAUUAGAAGAAGCUUGAAUCUCCUGAAUUUUAGCCGUAAUUGUGCAAUGGCUUUACGUCAUGGAGAUGAUGAUAGUGAUGAGGAAAUGGAAAUUGUUGACCAAGAUGAAGAACUUCGUCUCCAAUCAGCUGGUGAUGAGCAAAGCAUUGGUUUGGAUGUCAACCAACCAGACUCUGUAAUAAAAACUGCUCAGCUUGUGGGCUUUGAUGAUGGAAUGUGUGAGGGACCACAAUGUAAGACAUCUAGUGGAGAACCAGUUCUGGAGGACGAUGUUAACAUGGAAGAAGUAGAUGAACAAGUGGACAAGCACGAAGUCAGUGGUGUAGUAGCAAACUUGCCAGAUUAUUCCAACUCUCAGAAACAAAAUUACGAUAACUGCAGUGAAAGAAAUGCUGAAGAUAAUCUGAUCACCUCACCAGUCAAUGGACUUGACAAAAUUUUGUCUGAACGGCCUAAUGAGGAAAAUGUUGACAUUUCUGUCUUGAGUUCACGGAAUGAUGAUCUAUCAAGAAGACUAGCAGAGGAAGAUACAUCAAAGAAAUUUGAGUUGGACAACAAACUCAACGGCACACCUUGCACAUCUCCAACGUGCUUUGAGGAGGAUACAAAAGCUUCCACUGAUCUCAGCAUUGUCCCAUGCAAUGUGUCUCCACCUCUAAAAUCUCCAACUCCAAGCGUUUCACCGAAAGUUGUUAAUAGUAGUAGGAAAAGUCUAAGAACUUCAUCAACACUAACUGCUUCCUGCAAAGAUUUGGCUAACGAUAACUUGGAGCCGGAACCUCCAUGUUUAUCCUUUGCAAAGCCCUCAAAUAGCAUCUGUCUAAAUAUGUCAGGUCAAAGACGUAGAAGUUCCAAACCGACUCAGCAAUUGGCUGCUAGUCUCCAACGUGGCCUUGAAAUUUUGGAUGGUCGUCAUCACCAAAGUGCAUCUAUGAGGAGGUCCACUUUCAGAUUCUCAAACAGAUUUGCUGAUGUCAAAGGACUUGUGCCAACUGCCAAAGUUGAUGCCGGUGUU